CAGAGACCAGCUGGCCAUCUCCCCCUUCCCUGAUCAGCUUCCCUGUUCUGAUCUGUUCUUAUCUGCUAGGGCUUCUCUGGCCAAUCAGCUAACCGGUAGUGCCGUCCAUCACGCGCCGAAGUUCAAGCGUUUCUUUCGGUCAAGUUUAACCCUUCCCGUGCUUCAGUGUAGCUUCGGCGACUUAUCAGGACCGAUCUUCGAGCAGAAUCAUGGAGACUUCCCUACGACUUAACGCGGAAGACCGGAGCUUGGUCAUGCACGCGAAGGAGAAUUUUGUGAGUGACGGCAACAUCGCGCUUCAGGUCCAUGCGAAGCUGAACACGCAGACUGGCAAGCCCAGCUGCCUGAUCCAGCUGAAAAAGAAAUUCUUCCCGGAGGUCCUGACAAGCAUUGAUGUGGGUGCUAAAGUGGACGUUGAGUCGCGAGAAGUGACUUACAGUAUUCAGGGGAAGAAGACCUGGGAGCUUACAGACAACGGUCUUCUGUGUCUCGAUCUCAAGGGCGCUUACAACUACCAGCCUCACACCCAGUCCGGGAAGCCGAAAGCUUCAGUUGAGCUUAGCCAGAAGGUGUUCAAUUUCACAGAGGAUCAGGAUCUGAAGGUGAAGCUGGGUAUAACGUCGUUGCGAGAAAGCCUUACCUGCAGCUGCGGGGAGAACAACUGGACCUUAAAUGCUGAGCUACGGGAGAGUGGUGGUAAGCGCGUGCACUGGAGCAUUGCCUACGACUUGUGAGCCAUGAUGAACGGGUUUGUAGGCAAACCCUUACUGGAGUAAUCCUUGUCGAAGUUGUUUCUCUAGUAGAGUUUUUCUUCCUAGAUGUUAUGCCCUCCCAAUACAGGCCAGCAAUCUGUAAGAUCUGGCAGUUCAAAUUAUCUGACUGUUUAGAGCAAGUUGUAGAAGGCUGUACAAUGUCAGGCCUGCUGGCAUGUGCGUGUGUAUGCACUGCUAGGUAUUUGCAUCCAUAACAUGAUAUGAGAUGAG